GCUUCAAUUUUGUGAUGUCUUCCCCUGAAAUUGCUUCCCUUUCGUGGGGUCAGAUGAAGGUGAAAGGCUGCUCUACAACGUACAAGGACUGCAAAGUAUGGCCGGGAGGAAGCCGAACCUGGGAUUGGCGAGAAACUGGGACUAAUCAUUCUCCAGGAGUGCAGCCAGCUGACCUUGAAGAAGUUGUCAAGAAGGGUGUUAAAACUGUGGUGAUCGGUCGUGGCAUGAGUGAGGCUUUGCAGGUUCCACCAUCUACUGUGGACUAUCUGAAGAAAAAUGGGAUUGACGUGUUGGUCUUGCAAACGGAGAAGGCUGUGGAAGAGUACAAUGCCCUGGCUGCUCAGGGUGUCAAAGUGGGGGGAGUCUUCCAUUCAACCUGCUGAAGCGUUACAGCUCAUUCCGCCUUCCUUGACCGCAGCCAAAUCGCGGACACACCUCUCUGCUGAAUCAAAUUACAGUCAGAGAGUGGACUUACGUGCCAAGGCAUUUGUGCACCGACAAUCUAAAAUGCAAGGACGGUUUA